AUCUCUCCUUUUAACAAUUAAGAAAAGAGAAGAAGAAAGAAACAAACAAAGGGUAAAAAGAGGAAGAAAGGUACUUAAGAUUCGAUCUGCCACAUUUUUUUUGGGGGGAUUCUGAUUCGGAUGUGGCGUUAAUUUCAAUGGCCUCUCUUCCUCUUUUGUAGUAUAAAGAGGCCCUUCAAGGAGUGUGAGAAAGUUAGGAAGGGAAAGGAGGACCAAUGGAUUUCGAAAGCAACAAUUGGGUUUGGGAAGGGAUGUAUUACUACCCACGCCUUUUUGGUGGGAUCAUGCUGACUGCAGCAUUGCUCGGGUUAUCCACGAGCUAUUUUGGCGGGAUCAGUCUACUUUAUCCUUUUCCUGAUCUAAGUAUCUUUCAUAAAAAGAAGCACGAGAAGAAGCGUGUUCGUGUUUAUAUGGAUGGUUGCUUUGACCUGAUGCACUAUGGCCAUGCAAAUGCUUUGAGACAAGCAAAAGCCUUGGGAGAUGAAUUGGUAGUUGGGGUUGUCAGUGAUGAGGAAAUCAUAGCCACUAAGGGUCCUCCAGUUUUAUGCAUGGAAGAAAGACUUGCUCUUGUUAGUGGCUUGAAGUGGGUGGAUGAAGUGAUUUCCAGUGCUCCUUAUGCAAUUACUGAAGACUUCAUGAACCGUCUAUUCAAUGAGUAUAAGAUUGACUACAUUAUACACGGUGAUGAUCCCUGCCUACUUCCAGAUGGAACUGAUGCUUAUGCCUUAGCAAAAAAAGCUGGUCGGUACAAGCAAAUUAAACGAACUGAAGGUGUCUCCAGUACAGACAUUUGUGUAUAUCAUAGAAACUUACAGAGGCAAUUGAUCUCCCAUUGUCAGCGAAGCAUGCUCCUCGAUGACACUUGGAGGAUUCUUUCUUCUGCAAAAAGUACUCCUCAAGAUUACUCCAAUUCAUCUCCCACUGGCGAAGCUGAUGAUAUAAAAAAUAAAUGUGGUGCUGAAAAACAGGCUAAGGGCGGUCAAAUAUCUCAUUUUUUGCCCACUUCAAGACGAAUUGUGCAAUUUUCAAAUGGGAAGGGGCCUGCGCCUAAUUCUCGAGUGGUGUAUAUUGAUGGUGCAUUUGACCUUUUCCAUGCUGGACAUGUUGAGAUUCUAAGAAGCGCUAGGCAGCUUGGAGAUUUUCUUUUAGCUGGUAUUUAUCCAGACCCGACUGUCAGUGAACUUCGUGGACAUCAGUAUCCGCUGAUGAAUUUGUAUGAGCGCAGUCUUGGUGUACUUGCAUGCCGUUAUGUUGAUGAGGUCAUCAUUGGUGCCCCUUGGGAAGUAACUCAGGAUAUGAUAACAACUUUCAACAUUUCUGUGGUUGUACACGGAACAGUUUCUGAGAGCAACUCUUCAUUGGAAGGGAGACAGGAUCCAUAUGCAGUUCCUAAAAGCAUGGGAAUCUUCCAAGUAAUUGAGAGCCCAAAAGAUAUUACAACUUCUUCAGUUGCUCAAAGAAUCAUCGCUAACCAUGAGAUUUAUGUGAAAAGGAAUACCAAAAAAGCAGCAAGCGAGAAAAAAUUCUAUGCGGAAAGGAAGUAUGUUUCUGGCGAUUAAGUUUUACUUCAUGUUUUGGCCCUCGUGUAGCUGACUUGUACUAGGCGAAGCUGCUCCCUUUCCGAGGUAGUUCUUCCUGUACUUUUUGUAUUUGAAAGAUAUAUGAACAGAGAAAGGGACAAGAGAUAUAAGAAGAAAAUACCCUAGACAGAAGAGCUAGAAUUUUUUGGUUCUAUUUUUCAUUUAUUUUUGGUUGUAAUCUUCCCCUUCGGCGUGUUGCUGAAGAUGGUAAAGCUAAUUUCCUAAUCCCGGGAAUCACAAAUUGAUUGUUGUAAUAGUUAAGAAACUACUGUUCUAUAGUAAAUUUAAGUUUCCAUUUUUAAAUUACAAGCAGUUUGACUGCCUCUGUACAUAAACUAGGUGUUGAUUCUGUUAUUUUUAUCAUGAAAUUUUGAUGAUUAUAACUUUAUAAAGGGAUUCCUUUUGGGAUGUGAUUGGAUACUAAA